UAUGUGCUGUUUAUUGUAGUGUAGUUAUCCAAUAAUAAAAAAAUAAAAUAAAAUAAAAACACAAAAAAUGCAAAUAAAAACAGGGAGGAUUAUAGUUACAAUCCAUCAUUUCCAUUUUAAGCUUUGAAAGCCAACUAUGAGAACGACGCGCGCCAGUGCGCGGGCCCUUUGUGUCGAGAACGCGCGUUCACCUUAACGUCAUAUCGCGCCGGUUGUGGCGUGAACGCGCAACUCCGGGAGACGCAGUCGGUUUAUUUCUCUCACCGAGAACGCGCGAAGUGAACGGAGGCCAGGGCCAAGAUGCGACGGUGCUAGCGUCGAAAUCUGCCUCCCAUCACACACGCCCCCAUCCCCCUAAAAAUAUAUAUAUAUAUAUAUAUAAAUAAUAAAACCACCAUGCGGAUGCUUUAAGGAGCCUCGGAGCGCUGAGAUCUGUGCGUUAUAUAGUGUUUUGGAGGUAGAGCUUUGCUGCGCAGGUGCGCCGUUACGCUGCGGCAGGAUGGAGUUCAAGCAGCUGGUGGACGCGGCGGAAAAAUGGUGCUCAGGAAACCCGUUCGAGCUGAUCUUCGCCGAGGAGGUGGACGAGCGCCGGAUGGACUUCUACGCCGAGCCUGGCAUUUCAUUUUACGUGCUUUGCCCCGACAACAUGACAGGAGGUACCGACACUUUUCAUGUGUGGAGUGAGAGCGAGGACUGCCUCCCUUUCCUGCAGCUGGCACAGGAUUACAUCUCCUCCUGCGGACACAAAACCCUGCUGGAGGUCCUUGACAAAGUCUUCAGAUCCUUCAGACCUCUCCUGGGUCUUCCAGACAUUGAUGAUGACACGUACGAGCAGUACCAUGGAGACGUGGAGGAGGAAGCAGAGCCGGACCAUCAGCAGAUGGGUGUUAGCCAAUAAUAUGCUCAUGGAGGUGGAUUGACCUUCCACGGGCCAGAGCGUUGCUUCAUUCCCUCUCUUUUUUCCUACUUCCAUGGCAUCUUCACAUUUCUACCGUUUUAUGAUAUGCACUAUCUCUCUGUCUUACACACUCGCACAUAUGCACCACAGCUUGUUAUAAUGCACGAUUCCACCUUUUACCAUGUUGCAAAGAAAAACAUCCUCAGUAGACCGCCUAUGUCCUUCUUGUUUAUUUAAUAUGCCCCUGCUGGAAAAAUAAUAUGGAAACCAUUUAAGGCUUUUGUUGGUUCCUGUGUAAUAGGAUUUUGUGUGAUGGGUUGAGAUGGGUCGUAAUGGUUUAACAGGUAAUGCGUGACCGAUUUUAGAUGUGCUUAAUGGUUUUCUAACGGGAUUCAAGAGUCUUAACGGUCUCUGAUGUUAAAAUUAUUGUAAUAAGCUGUGGUUCGCUUGUGAUUUAAUGGACCUAGUUGACUUGUUACAGUAUAUAAUUCUGCAUUUCAGGCUGUGUGUAAGAAAACAGGAAAACAUUUAUAAGCUUAUCUAGUUCAAAUUGAAAAAUAUUUCAUUCAGUUAAUAUAAAUAUUAUUAAAUAUUAGAGAUGGCACAACACCACCUUUUCUUUUCAGAUACCAAUCCGAUAUUUUUUUUCCUUUAAACAAUACUAAGGUUUAAAAUGUUCAGGUUUUUUUGUUUUUUUUUUCACUGAAAAACUUCACCUUAAAUAUAUAGAAAAAACACAUGGCUAAAAAUACAACAUACACAAAACCACAGCUCAGCUAGACUUUUUCCACACAAAUAUAACAUUCACUGCAAACAUAAUUUAAUACCUCUUUAUAAUGUGAUAACUAAAUAUAAUAAAUUGUAAAGCAUACAUAUAAUUAAAUCAGUCAAGUUAAAUCUCUUUAUUUGUAAACAUUUCGAUUUAAAAAAAUGUAAAAAUCCAGGAUUGGAUCGAAUUCUGUUUUUCUCCCAUAUCCAAUCCAUCAUUUUCAUUAUCAGAUCAGUGCGAUCUCUGAUAAAUAUACCCUGUAUAUAUACUGGAUCUAAAGCUGAAUACACACCUAAUGCACACUUGGAAACCAUUAAAACCUUGUGAAAUUGUUUAAUGGAAACCAC